AUGAAUAACAGUAGAUAUUAUGGCUGGGCUGAUCUUCCAAAAGAAUUAUUGGAAAUGAUCAGCAAACGCCUUGAUUCUCGCAUCGAUCUGUACCGAUUUCGUGCUGUUUGCACUUCAUGGCGAUCAACAAUCUCUGUUUUCUACAAGCAGUUUCCUCGUGUGCCCCAUAAGCUCCCUAAGCCCAUCUGGGCGCAUGCGUAUUUGUCUCAAGUCACAAUCUGCCGUGUUGAAUUUGUUGAAGAUAGUGAGGAUCCAAGCGCUUCGAGUUCUAUGGCCUGGUUGGCUAAAGUUGAGGAGUCAACUCAUGGAGAAAUUCAGCUUUUAGUUCCAGUCUCGAACCGCCAAUUGAGUAAUAAUAUUCCUGGUAUGGUUGUAAAGAUGUUGAACUUAUUGAACUUUCGCCUAGUAGAACUGACUAGAGCAUAUAGCCUUAAACUUGCUCGUGGCAGUUCUGUUUAUGGAAUCAAUAAAGUUGUGUUGUUUCCACCAUCUACUGAUAGUAGCACUAAUGAGUAUGGUGUUCUAGCAAUCUUCCAUGAAGGAAAAUUGGCUUUCUGGAGAGUUGAUGACGACAAAUGGAAACUUUUAGAUGAAAGAAAUUUUCAUUAUGAUGACAUUAUGGUUUACAAGGGACAAUACUAUGUUGUAGAUAGAUGGGGGACUGUUUCUUGGAUUGAUUCGUCGUUGAACGUUGUUCAAUAUUCGCCUCCGCUGUAUGGCUGUGGUCAUCAGAAGAGUUUGGUCGAGUCAGGUGGCGAUCUUUUCAUCGUUGAUCGGUAUUUUGAUUAUGAAAGAAGGACAUGGAAUAAUGAGUAUCGUUAUCAAAAUGUUGACUUAGAGCAUCGUGUCAGGAAUCUCCCGAUUUGUCGUGCUCAGACGGUUAGGAUCAGAGUCUAUAAGCUUGACGAAGAAUGGGGUACUUGGGUGAACAUAAGCUCAUUAGGUGAUGAGGUUUUUGUUUUGGGUAAUGAAUGCAGUUUCUCUGUUUCAGCUAAAGAGUUUUCUGGGUGUGAAGGGAAUUGCAUAUAUUUCAUAGAUCCUUUCGACGCAGGUCGCCAUGGGGAGUUGAGUGGUUGUGAUGCUCGUGUAUAUAAUUUAAGUAGUGGCAGCAUUGGUAAAGUACCAAAUUUUCCUGGCAAUUCUUGCAUAUUUUGUCCACCUCCAACAAAGAAAGUUCUAGACCAAAUUUCUGUUGUUCCCACAUGUAAGUAUAACAUUAGCACUUAA